AUGAGGGGUUUCCUUCCAUCCCGCCCCCCGGAUCAGGCCCCCUGCACCAGCCACCGCUCCCCCCAAAAAGCGUCGGAGCAUCGCAUCCUGCCGCGUCUCCAGCCGCAAGCCUUUAGCGGCCGCUCGGCUUCUCCUGCGCAACCACAGAGCGCGCCGACGCAGGACCUAAACAACCGAGAGCAAGCAGGCUCCAUCAUCAUCAUCAUCAUCAUGGGGAAGAUCUCCGGCAGACACUUGUUGUGCGUCCUGCUGCUCUCCUUUCCCCUCUCGUGGGCAGAGGACACGAAGAAAGACGCAAGAAAGACUGAAAAUGUCACGCUUUGGAACCAAGGAAAGACCAGGCGGCUGUUUGCAAGGCAAAAGAUUUCUCCACAGCAGCAAAUUCACAUUCUUAAGCACAAAUCAAACAUUAUGGCUCCUGCGCGCCGCUGUGGCCGCCUGAUGGAAAACUGCUCCUCACAUGUGCCGUGCUGUGACCCCUGCGCCUCCUGCCGCUGUCGGCUCUUCAACACCAUCUGCCACUGUUGGAGGAUGAAACCCUUGUGUUUGAAGAGGACCUAGAUGAAGCACAGACAAGUGGAUCUGCGACAUUUCCAAUGUGCAAAUACAAGCAAAAUGCCACUAAGUUGAAACAUACAGGUGUUCACACACAGCAGAGACUGAAAAAAUUGAUUUAUAUACAUAACACAUGUAUCAAACGUCAUCAUAUUUUUUAUCUGUGAUCUGUAACAAAAAAAAAAACCUUCUUGAAAAUGAAACUCAAAUAUUAAACUGAUCGUCAUUUUCUGGAUUACCCAAUAAUAACUUAUUCAUCAUUACAUCUUUGUCGGUAUUGAAUUUAAUGUCAUUUUAUCUGAUAAACGUAAACUAAUGCCUUACAAUGGUAUUGUUGGGGGUCAUCAUGGAGUACAAUAGCGAAGCUUUUGGUUUCUCCAAAAGGCGAUAAAUGAUUUAUUAACAAAAAUGAAUGAUUAUACAAAGACAUAAUCAGUGCAUUUAGAAAUGUUACAUAAAGGCUUGAGCUGGAGCUUUUUUGGGGGAGUAACAGUUUCUUAUUUUCAAUAUUUCAGAGCCAUAUAUUUUUGAAAAAAAAUAUAUAGUUUUUAAACAUAGAGAAAGUGUCCUACCUAAUCAAAGACACAAACAAAGCCUUAUAAGAUUGUUAAUAUUUCAGAAUGUUUAGGCCUAACAAGUUCUCCAUUGUUCCUAUUUUUAUUUUUGAUACACAGAAAGGUGAACACGUGACAAAUUUGACACUGUUUGUCAGUGAUCGGUAUUUUUAAACAAAUGACCAAACUAGUUUGUUUCAAAUUCUGGAUGUGUAUCUGUCUCAGAUGGUACUUUUAUAGAUACAAAUGUGAGUUUCAUUGAAAGAAAAAAACAUUUCUCCCUGCUCCAACUUCUGAGUGACAUUUCCACCACUUCAUAGAUUAAUUGAACCAUCACUGGACCAGCUGGCAAAGUUUUCUUUUCUUCUUCUUUUAGCCGUAUUGUAGAAAAUUCAAACUAGCGAACACUUGAUUAAGGUCUUUGCUCCAUGUAUAUUAGGGGUAAGGUCAGAAGUCAGUGUAUCAGAGGUUCCAUAUUUAUGAAAAAUCCCAUUUUAACUGUAUAUUCUUCCGCAAUUACAGCUUUCCUAUCAUGUAUUCAAUGUAGUGACCAACAUAAGUAAAUGUUUAAUUGAAUACAUUUGUUCGUUGGUUGUUUUUUUUAUUUGUUUUAGAUCCCAUGCAAACUUAAUGUGGAAACGUAUUUUCGUGAUAAUUGUAUUAUUCUUCAUAUGUGCUUUGACGAACUGAAAUUACUUUCUAUUUUUGUUAUCUAAUAAACAUACUGUAUGCCAGUUAUAGCGUUUAUUUCAAGACGAAAUAUGGUGAAAGCGCCUAAACGUGAACCGACAUGCCAUAUGUGGAAAUUCAUAAACUUUAUUUGAAGAAGUUUGGCUUGUAAGAAAAGUAAGAAAAGUUAGUGCUGAAAAUAUUCUAUGCUUAGAUUGUAUGUCAAACAUUAGCUCAUUGUACAAUGAUGGCAAAUCAAAAGAUCAUGUAUUCCUUAAAGACGUGCAUAGACAUGACGCAAGUCUGUGUCAAAUCCAAAUAAAGCUGUUUCAUAAUA